GCCGCCGCUGCAGAGAAGGAGCUCAAGAAGACUCAGCACGCUGCGGCAGCGUACAAAACUGAGGCAGAGGACCUGCACAAGCAGCUCAUGGACACCAAUAACAAGCUCAAACAGGAAAACAAAGAACUUGCAGACCGCACCAAGGAGCUGAACGAGCGCAAUCGCAGCCUUAACAAGAAGCGGCAGGAUCUCUCUGAGCAGAUCAAGCAGCUAGAGACGGCGCAUCGGCGCAGCAGCGAGGAGCAGCAGCAGCAGCAGCAGCAAGCGCAGCAGCAGCUGGAGGAGCUGCGUGCGUUGAAGCAAGCCAAUCGAUCUCUUCUUACCAAAAGCAAGCAGCAGCAGGAGGAGCGGCAGGAGACCCUGCGCCAGCUGCGCCAGCAGCUGCAGGAACUGCAGCAGCAGCAAGUGCAGCAGGAGCAGCAGCUGGAAAAGCGCAUUCAGGAAACGGCCGCUGCAGAGGCUCAGCUGGAGCAGCAGCAGCAGACUGCUGCAGCUCAGCAGGAACUGCUACAGCAGCGAAUAGAGCAGCAGCAGCAGCAACUGAGGGCUGCCCUUGCCGCAACCACCAAAGCUACGGACGACCUAAAAACUGAAAAAGCCCGUGCCGCAGAAGACAGGGAACACUACGAGAUGCAGCUGCAGCAGCUGCAGCAAGUGCAGCAAAAAACGGCAGCAGCGGCAGCAGAGGCCAGCAAAGAACAACAGGAUGCGCUUCGCAAGGUCGAG